AUGGAAGAAACAUCAUAUGCACAUCUAUUACCUCCAAAUUGGAAAACGCAAGUAGCGGCUUGGCUAGCGGAAGAUACACCUUCGUUCGACUACGGGGGCUUCGUUGUCGGCGAGGCGCAUCGCGAAGCAUACCUCCUCGGCAAGGGCUCUCAACGCGCUGUACUCGCAGGCGCCCCCUUUGUUGAUGAGAUCUUCCGUGAACUUGGUUGCGAAGUCGAAUGGCAUCUGAGGGAGGGUGCCGAAUUUGACCCUGUCUUCCGUGUCGCCACAGUGAGCGGGCCCGCGCGGCAAUUAUUGCUUGGAGAGCGCGUGGCGCUGAAUCUGCUUGCGAGGUGUAGCGGGAUUGCAACAAUGUCCAAACGGGUCAAAGAUCUCGCGACUGGCUAUGGCUUCAAAGGUGUCAUUGCUGGUACACGCAAGACGACACCAGGAUUUCGACUUGUUGAAAAGUACGGUAUGAUCGUCGGAGGAAUAGACCCCCAUAGGCACGACCUCUCGAGCAUGAUCAUGCUCAAGGAUAACCAUAUCUGGUCUUCUGGUUCCAUCACCUCGGCCAUCCAACGAGCUCGCACAGUGGGCGGAUUCUCGCUCCUUCUAGAUGUUGAGGUACGCUCCGAGGCAGAGGCGGACGAAGCCAUCGUCGCAGGUGCGGAUGUCAUCAUGCUGGAUAAUAUUGAAGGCGCCGAGCUGGUUUCCGUCGCCCGCCGACUGCGCGAACGACACGCAGGCAAGCGCUUCUUGCUCGAGACGAGCGGCGGAAUUACAGAAGGGAACUUGCAAGAGCGCGCAAUCAACGAUAUCGAUAUCCUCAGCACAAGCGUGGUGCACCAAUCCGUUCAGCACAUUGACUUCAGCCUGAAAAUUCAAAUGUCCAAGUAG